AGAGCCGCGGCCGGAGCCGGAGCGAGCGGCGGUGCCGGAGCCGCGGGGGCUCGGAGCGGGCACGAUGGCAUCGCCAGCACCGCCACCGCCACCGCUGCUGCUGCUGCUGCUGCUGCUGCUGGCCCCGGGGGCCGCGGGGAUGCGGGGCAGGGCUGGCCCGGGGCAGGCUGAGCACAGCGCCCCGGUACCGGAGGGGGUGCGGGGCAGCACAGGGCACGGGCAGGCUGAGCACACAGCCCCGGUCCCCGCGGGCGGGCAGCGGCAGCGGCGGGGCACGGAGGACUCGCGGGCCGUGCAGCAGUACGGGCCGGGGGUGCGGGUGGAAUUCCCGCGGCCCCUCAGCUCCGGCAGCCUCCAGCCCACCCGGGCCCUGCUCCCCUCCAGCACCGACGCCGGGGUCCCCACGGAGCGGGACGGGCCCGAGCCCCGGGCCAACCUGAGCACCGUGUCCGACCGGCGGCUGCAGAUGCACAACCCGCUGUACCCGGUCACCGAGGGCUCCUACAGCGCCUACGCCGUCGUGUUCCUGUCCCUCGUCGUGUUCACCGUGGGCAUCGUGGCCAACCUGGCCGUGAUGUGCAUCGUGUGGCACAACUACUACAUGAAGAGUGCCUGGAACUCCAUCCUGGCCAGCCUGGCUUUCUGGGACUUCCUCAUCCUCUUCUUCUGCCUGCCCGUGGUCAUCUUCAACGAGAUCACCAAGAAGAGGCUGCUGGGGGACGUGUCCUGUCGCAUCGUGCCCUUCAUGGAGGUCUCGUCGCUGGGGGUCACCACGUUCAGCCUGUGUGCCCUGGGCAUCGACCGGUUCCACGCAGCCACCAGCCCCCAGGCCAGCACGCGGCCCAUCGAGCAGUGCCAGUCCAUCAUCGCCAAGCUGGCCGUCAUCUGGGUGGGCUCCAUGACGCUCUCGGUGCCCGAGAUCCUGCUCUGGCAGCUGGCACGGGACACGUCGCCCGUGUCCGGCGUGAUGAGCGAGUUCUGCACCAUGAAACCUUCGUCCAACCUGCCUGAGUCCAUCUACUCGCUGGUGCUCACCUACCAGAACGCCCGCAUGUGGUGGUACUUUGGCUGCUACUUCUGCCUGCCCGUGCUCUUCACCGUCAGCUGCCAGCUGGUGACGCGGCGCGUGCGCGGCCCCGACAAGAAGGGCGAGAGCCGGGGCUCCAAGCAGGGCCAGGCCGAGGGCCACCUCAACUGCACCAUCAUCGCCCUGACCGUCAUCUACGGGCUCUGCACCACCCCCGAGAACGUCUGCAACAUCGUGGUGGCCUACAUGUCCCCCGACGUGUCCAAGCAGACUUUGGAUCUGCUCAACCUCAUCAACCAGUUCUUCCUGUUCUUCAAGUGCUCCGUGACGCCCGUGCUGCUCCUGUGUCUCUGCCGUCCCCUGGGCCAGGCCUUCAUGGACUGCUGCUGCUGCUGCUGCGAGGGCUGCGGCCCCGACGGCUCCUCCAGCGAGAGCAGCGCCGACAGCAAGCUCAAAACAGAGAUGUCCUCCUCCAUCUUCUUCGACAAGCCCCGGGAGACCCCCCCGCCCCUCCUGGCCCUGGGCACGCCAUGCUAAGUGCCACCAGGGAGCCGUAGCGAUCGUUUCACCACCUCCUCCCAAGACCAAACCUUGUUCUGCCAUUAGUACUCGUGUCUGGACGUGGAACAAGAGAGAGACGGCUCAGGGGGCUGCGCCGUGGGCUUCAAAGCCAGCAUGGGGCAGGUGGGAUUGAAAUGCCAGUCCCCAUGGCUACCCUGGUGACCCUCUUGCCUCUGCCCAGAGGUCAGUGAGGACAGCAGCACCCUCCUGUCCCGGCUGCCUGGCCGGGCUCCCCGGGGCUCUGCUCUGGAGAUGGCGUCGUGCCGGAAAGGUCUCACCUGAAACUACAGAGGCUGACCAUGAUGGCUCCCAGAGGACACAGCAAACACAAACUGCCCUCCUCCUGUCCCCUCCCCUCCUGCCAGCCCCUCCACAAGAGGAAGAGGUCCAACUGGUCGUAUCCCACGGAUCCAAGCCGUGCCCUGUAUGAGCUCAAUAAACCAGUAACCUAGA